AAGAGAGUUUCACAACACAACUGUCAUGUAACAGCAGCCUGGAACUCUACAACACUACCAGCUGACAUAUACAGCAACACAGGUGCUCAAACAAAAGAAAUAUGAAUUUGGACGUGGCCAAACCUGAAGCGAAGACUGGCAGCAAAGCUCCCAUCAGAGCCACCGGUCCUGGGUCCCCACGCAAGGGCGCACCCAAGUUCAAACAGAGGAACAGCCGCCAGUUCAAGAGCAAGCCUCCUAAGAGGGGUGUCAUUGGCUUUGGAGAGGAGAUCCCAGGAAUGGAAGGUCUUGGCACUGACAUCACUGUAAUCUGCCCAUGGGAAGCUUACAGCCAUCUAGAGCUACAUGAACUGGCUCAGUAUGGUAUCAUCUGAGUCUCGUCACUGUGAAAUUCUUUUUAUAUUCACCAAAGGGAACUGGCGAUGUUGGCAAGUUUAGCAAAUGGAAUUUCAUCUACCAACUCCUAACAAUCUGGAUCAUCAGUAUUGGCUUUGUUUCAAUGGUAAACCACACACUAAAAAUAUAGCAUGUGAAAUAUAUCUCUACAUAUUGUGGAUGCUGUUCUCUGUAUGAGUUGUUUUUAUACAUUAAAUCUAUUUUCAUAGGAGUCUCAAGCUGCCAUUUUAACAUGCAUGACCCACUGAUGCUGAAUGUGUCUUAUGUCAUUGAGGUUGAAGUAGGAGCUGUAACUAAAGACUUGGUUACUGGCAUUAAAGACAGGGUUCCUGCACAACUGUCAGCUUCAUAUUUAUUAUCUUUAAUCAAACUCAGAAUAAAGCUUGGUAUUUUUUU